AUGUCGCGUUCGACGGAACACUCGAGGCUGCGAGUACCAUCCCAGUCCAGGUCGCGUCCUAGGUCGUUAAGGACAACUGCAACAUCAAUGCUGACGGAUCCGCAAGGGCUGGUAUCUGAAGGAGCUGUCAGCGAGCGAGAUGCUGAACUGCUGCACGAAUUCGUUCACCCUCAUCACCAUGAAGCCGAGGAGACACUUAUCGGAGGAUCAUCCGACGAUACAGAACUUGAUGAGGAACUCAAGGCAAGAGCUCGUUUGCCAUGGUGGAAAAGGCCCUCGCCCAUCUGGCUGUUGGCGAUGAUGCCAUUCUCCAGCAUCGCUUGGUCUUCUACGAUUGCUCCUAGGGUUGAGAUCUACACCCAGCUCGCAUGCGCCGUACAUAGCCCCGAUAUAUACGACGAUCAAUUGACAGGAUUCGUCUCCACCAAUACCACAACGGAGGCAACCCUCGAUGUCAGGCAGGACCGCUCCGUUACUGUAUACUUCCGCGACAUGCCAGAGGCCCCGAAGAAUGCCAACAAAAAUGGAUGCGCUUCGGAUCCGGUCGUACAGGCAACUGUUGCAAAGCUCGCGGCGACCAUGGCUGCGACUAUGGGCGUGCUAGGAUGCUUGACCACAGCCGGCAUGGGGAUCCUACUCAGAUCGGCAUGGCCGUACAGCCUGUCCUUGGUAUCUCAGUCGUCGGCCUCCUUAGCACGGACUUCAACUUUCUUGUCGUUAACUCCUACUAUGAACAACUCCCCGGCUGGCUAUUGGUUCCUCCUUCUUGGUCCAAUAAUCGAAGGAAGCUUGGGAGGAUUAUCCACGGCCACCGCAGGCUAUGCACGCUUAUAUAGCGGACACCUCCACCUCAGCCACGCGGUCAAUAGCUUUCCCCUUGGUAACUUUUCUGCCUGCUUAACGUCGCACAGAUCUCGCGUUUUUUCUCUAAGUCUUGGACUCUUAUUCGUCGGAUUCGCACUUGGCCCCACCUUUGGCGGCCUUUUGAUCCGCGCUACCGGACAAACUAUCUCGGUGUUUUAUGUUACUACCUGUCUUCAUAUUUGCUAUGCUCUUUUGAUAUGGUUUAUCAUCCCCGAGUCUCUUACCCAUGCACAGAGGCGCAGAUCUACGAUCAAACACUACGAGUCCGAUCCGCAAGCGGGCGUAUUCAAGCGCCUCUUUGGAUUCCUGAGUCCCCUGAGUGUCUUCCUGCCGGAAAUGAAUGGCUCGGACAGCCAUCCUCUGAAGCGUCCGAAACGCGACUGGAACCUCACACUCAUUGCCGUCGCUUACGGACUCGCGCUCUCAUUGAUGGGCUCCUACACGUACAAGUUUCAAUACGCAGCUGCCACAUUUGAUUGGACAUCAGAGACUGCGAUCGGUGCUGCGCGAGCUUUCUUCCUGACUGUGAUACUUCCUCUUGCGAUCAAGUUGUGCAAACCGAAACCUAAAGAUGUUUCUAUGGGGGAGAGAGAACCGUUCAUACCCUCAGAAAGCAACGACUCGAGGUCUUCUCACUCUGAUUCGGACCGUUCAUCAAGCUUCCAUUUAGAACGCCACUCAUCUCGCUUUGACUUGGGACUUGCUCGUGUAUCAUUGUUCAUCGACAUCGUAUCUUAUGCAUUACUUGGAUCUACCGCCAGUCCUUUGAUUUUCACACUCUCCAGCAUGCUCGGGUCAAUGGGCACAGGAUUUUCCCCCGCUAUCCAGAGUGUUGCAUUGGAACUGUAUACGCAAAGGGGAGGCACUGAAUCUGGGAGAUUGUUCGGCGCUUUGAGUGUCAUACAGGCCCUCAGCUCCCAGAUAAUAGGACCCUCGCUAUAUGCGUUUGUGUACAUUAAAACUGUCGCGACGUUUCCGAGGACGAUGUUCUUUGUUGGCGUCGCGUCGGUAUGCGUGUCCUUGGCCUGCUUGGCGCUCAUUCGUCUGGAUGAUCCAGAAAAUCAUCCCCAUAUGUUGGAUACAGAAGAAGAGGGUGCUGUGGAUGGGAGUGUUCAACGGGAUGACACCCUUAUUGACAUCGAUGAAGCGGUCGGCGACCUGCGUGGAAGGACAGGGUCCUCCUCAUCUGGGCGGUGA